AUGGCGACCGCUUUCGAAUCCUCUCUAUCGAGCAGCCAAACCCGCCAGACUCUGGCGCCGGCAGGCCCCUCAAAUGACUAUACCCUGCCCAACAUUGAUUUCGGCUUCGAUGAACUGCGCGACCGUAUGGCGAAGUUCACUGCCAAGUUCGAUACGUUCAUCGAGCAAGGGCGAAGGCGUGUAUUAGAGGAGCGCAAUCAAUUCCGCAUGAACAUUGCCGAGCUACAAGAGGACCAGCGCAUGAAGAAGAAGGACAUCGAGAUCGUCCAGGUUAAAACGUCAACACACCAGCAAACGAUAGAGAAGGAAGACGCCGAGACACGCGAGAUGGAGGCCGCGAUUGCGUCGCUGGCCGCGCAGCGGGACAAUCACCACGCGAACCGCGACGCCCUCAAGGCGCAAAUCGCACAGGUCCAGGCAGAGAUCGACACGAGGCUGGCAGCGCAACGGGAGUACGCAGCGCAGCAGGAGGCGCAGUCGAGGUUCAACGUCCCCGAACUUGACUUCUGGAUCACGAAUCUCUGCCUGCGGAUCGAGGGCGCCGGCCACAACGACAGGUUAAAAUUCAUCUACACCCAUCUCGACGAGAGGGACUGGGAGCGGGAGGCGUGGUUCGAGCUUGUCACCAGCUCGAGAGACUACGACGUGAAGCACUGCAGGCCCAAGUUGGAGAGAGAAAAGGUGGAGCGCGUGUUAGAUAGGGUGAAUGAGUCGCGAGAGCUCGUCACGCUGUUGAAGGGGAUGAGGGAGCUUUUUGCUGAGGCGAUGAAAGCAUGA